AUGCGCGGCCAUUCCAUUCUGAUUGCCUCAUGGGCUCUUGCUGUAUCAAUAAUACUCAACAGAAGACAACUUUGCUCAGGUUGCUUUUUAGAAGAAAAACAUGCUCUCUUGGACUUCAAAGCUUCCUUAAAUGUGACUACAAAUGCUCAUCUUAUCCUUUCUUCGUGGACUGGAAAAGAAGGUGACGGAGCAAAUGAUGAUUGCUGCACCUGGGAACGGGUCAAGUGUAGUAAUAUUACUGGGAGAAUUGUUGAACUCCACCUUAGUUAUUUGCCAGAGAAUAUGUAUGUGGAUUGGACCGAUAGGUAUGUAAACAUUAGCACUUUCAUACCUCUGAAGGACCUGCGAACUCUAGACUUGAGUAAUAAUCUCUUCAAUGGUGAAGUGACAGGAAUUUGCAGUUUGAAGAAUCUCCAUGAACUUGACGUGAGUCACAAUAAUUUUUACGGGCCUACUCCUAUGUGCUUCAGAAACUUGACGUCUCUUCGAGUUCUUGAUCUCUCCAACAAUAUUCUCAGAGGAAACAUCCCUGCAGCUCUCAUUACUCCUCUCGUACACCUUGAGUAUCUAUCUCUCUCUGGCAACCUUUUUGGAGGUUCUUUUUCUUUCAAUUCUUUGGGCAACCAUUCAAAGCUUCAGGGGUUCGAACUUGGACCUUUGAACAAUGAUUCACAUGUCGACACUGAGGAUCUUGCUCUGCUCCCACCAUUUCAGCUAAAGGUUCUCUAUUUAUCUGGCUGCAACUUGAAUAAUCGGACUCGAAAAAUCCCAAGUUUCCUGCUCUAUCAGAAAGAAAUGCAAAUUCUUGAUCUGUCUUCCAAUAAGUUAGUCGGCCAGAUUCCUACUUGGCUUCUGCAAAAUAAUGCAAACUUAGAAGCUCUUGUUCUAAAGGAUAACUCUUUUACGGGUCCGUUUCUUGUAGAUGAUUCUCUGGGAAUAAAUCUAAUUCAAUUAGGCAUCUCAAACAAUGACGUCAGUGGUAAGGUUCCUCAAAAUAUCGGUUUAUCUUUUCCAGCUGUGUGGUACUUGAAUUUGUCACGAAAUUCAUUUGAAGCCAAUAUUUCCCACUCAUUGGGAAACUUGACAAUGGCAGAAACAAUUGAUUUGUCCCACAACAUGUUUUCAGGGGAGGUGCCAAGUCAAAUUGGAACUGGAUGUUUACGUCUUAGAAUAUUGGUAUUGUCUUACAAUAAUUUGCAUGGCAAUUUUCCUUCUGGGUCCACGAACUUAACAAGCCUAGAAUUCCUUCACUUGGAUAAUAACCAUUUUAUUGGGAGCAUUUCACAUGGAUUAUCUCGUUCUCCAAGUUUAACUUGGCUGGAUAUUUCAAACAACUCUUUUCAAGGCAAAAUUCCAAGUUGGAUUGGAAAUUUUUCAUCAUUGGAGGCUCUUGACAUGUCAGCCAACUUGCUAGAAGGUAGCUUACCAGAUGCUAUAUGCAAACUUUCACAUCUUGAAUUUUUAGACCUCUCCAAAAAUCAGUUGAUCGGACCUUUGCCAGCUUGCUCCGAGCUUACGUCAUUGAUGUUCAUCCACCUGCAUCACAACAUGAUCUCAGGGCCCAUCUCAAACAUGCUGUCUGGAAGCUUCAAUUUGAUGACACUCGAUUUGGGUUACAACAAGCUGUCUGGCGGUAUACCACGCUAUAUUGGUAAGCUUAAAGAGCUCAGGGUUCUUCUAUUGGGGGGAAAUGAAUUGCACGGUCAUAUUCCUUUGCACUUAUGUCAGCUGCAGAAUGUGACAAUUAUGGAUCUUUCUCAGAAUAAGUUUUCUGGGCCACUACCUACAUGCUUCAACAAAAUUUCUUUUGGCAGCGGGCAGUUCUCCAAAGAUGCAUUCACAAUAAACCUUCAUUUUUCGGCUGUGGAGAUAAUCUGGAGUGAGCAUUAUAUGACUACUUUUUCCGAACAAGAAAAAGUGAUAUUCACAACAAAAAAUAGAAGCGAACACUAUGCAGGGAAUAUAUUGAAUUUCAUGUCUGGACUUGAUCUGUCAUGUAACCAAUUGAUUGGAGCGAUUCCUCCUGAAUUUGGUGAUCUCAGACGUAUCCGGGCAUUAAAUUUAUCCCACAACUACUUGCAAGGAUCUAUUCCCUCAAGACUUUCAAUGUUGAACCAAAUAGAGAGCUUGGAUCUUUCUUACAACGAUUUGAGUGGUGAAAUACCUUCAGAGCUGGCAUCAUUGAACUUCUUGUCCAUCUUCAAUGUGUCAUACAAUAACUUGUCUGGCAGGGUACCUGAUACAGGGGAGUUUGCAAACUUUGACGACAGCAAUUAUAGAGGAAAUCCAGGUCUCUGUGGACCAUUGCUCAAGAGAAGUUGUAACCCCUUUGCUCCACACCCUGAAAAUGUUGGUGAUGAAGACUUAGAAGUUGAUGGUGCAAUUGAUGUGGCAGCAUUCGCUUGGAGCUUUUUUGCUUCAUAUAUGGUGAUCGUGAUUUCAUUAGUGGUCUUGUUCUUCAGAGAAAAAGCAAACAUGGAAAGUGUUCAAUUGGAACAUGAGAAGGAGAUGAAUUGGUCCUAA